AUGGACAUAGCACAAAAGUCAUGGGAACUCGAAAAUACCAUCUCCCUCUUUGACCCCACCCGCGAUGCCCUCUACCAAUACAAUGAAGAAACCCACAAGUCCCUCAAUGCCGCCCGCCCCUGGGCCAAAGAUCCGCACUACUUCAAACACAUCCGCAUCUCCGCCGUCGCCCUCCUAAAAAUGACCAUGCACGCGCGCUCCGGUGGCUCCCUCGAAGUCAUGGGCCUGAUGCAGGGCUACAUCCUGCCCAACACAUUCGUGGUGACGGAUGCCUUCCGGUUACCGGUUGAGGGGACGGAGACUCGUGUUAACGCGCAGGACGAGGCGAAUGAGUAUAUGGUGGGGUAUUUGCAGUCGUGUCGGGAUGCGGGGAGGAUGGAGAAUGCAGUGGGGUGGUAUCAUAGUCAUCCGGGGUAUGGGUGUUGGUUGUCGGGUAUUGAUGUGAUGACGCAGGAUAUGCAGCAGUUGAGUGGGCCAUUCGUUGCCGUGGUCAUCGAUCCAGAACGAACUAUUUCGGCGGGCAAGGUUGAUAUUGGUGCGUUCCGGACGUUUCCUAAGGACUAUACGCCGCCGAAGACGGGAGAUGAGGAUGAUGAAUAUCAGGCUAUUCCGUUGAAUAAGGUGGAGGAUUUUGGCGCGCACGCUGCGCAGUACUAUGGGCUUGAAGUGUCGCACUUUAAGAGCACGCUUGAUACGGAACUUCUUUCGCUACUGUGGAACAAAUACUGGGUCGCUACGCUCAGCCAGAGUCCCCUCUUCACCACCCACGACUACGGAAGUAAGCAGAUGAUGGAUCUGAGUCAGAAGGUCAAGCGGGCUGCCAAGGGGAUUGAGAACAGUGGAUCGAGAGGCGGGGUUAGUUCGAGCCAGGACCAACAGUUGGAUAAGGUGGUGAGGGAUGGUCAGCGGAUUGUCUCAGAGGAGGUGAAGGGGUUGUUAGCCGCUGAGGUGAAGAUGAAGCUCUUCCAAGGGGUUGGGGAGAAGCCGACGAAGACAGAGACUUGAUUGAGUCUAUUUGGAAUGAGAUACGACAAUGACUACUUUAGCUCAAUGACAUGAAAAUUCUUUUCGCUCACGAAUCUGGAUUUUAAUAUUAUGAUGAUAUGCUGCUUCUUCACACUACACCUACACUAUUCCAUAGAGAAUGGAGCAAUUGCCAUAGAAUAUAGUGAUAUUCACAACCCUAACCCAACCAUACAAACCAAAGUAGAGUAUCAAAAGGACCGGGAUAUAAUCAAUCAUGAUAGACCUGAUAGACAGACACGGACAAUAAAAGAAACGCUAGCAAAGUAGCACAUGUC